UGAGCUUAAAUAGUUCCUCUCCCUCCCUGGUAUUUAUCCCUCUGAUAUAUUUAUAGAGAGCAAUCAUCUCUCCCCCUCAAUUUUGCUCCUCUUUCCACUGGGUACAGCUUCCCUUACCAUCUGGGAAUGCUCCAGCACCUAUCCCAGUCCUGUCCUCCAAGGCUCAACUACUGUGCACCUCCCAGUGCUGUCUCAGGGCUUGUCUUCACUAUGGUGGUAAGUUGAUCUAAGUUAUGCUACUCCAGCUAUGUGAAUAACGUAGCUGGAGUUGACAUAGCUUAGGUCGACUUACCCCGGUGUCUUCCUUGUGUUGUGUCGACGGGAGAUGCUCUCCUGUCAACUUACCUUAAUCUUCUCAGGGAGCUUGGGUACCAGGGUUGACCAGAAAGUGCUCUGUCAUCAAUUUAGCGGGUCUUCACUAGACCCGCUACAUCAACCCCCAUUGCAUCCAUUGCAGCAGCAUCAAUCUUCCCAUAGUGAAGACCAGCCCUCAUACUUCUCUUGGCAGAUUCUAGCAGCCUUCACCUCAUACACCCCUGAGAAGCUCUAGCAGGCUCCUCCGCAAUCUGCAGCCAGUAGGGGAGACUGCUUUGCUGGUAGCAUGGAAGGUGGGCUGCACUGCUUGGAUUCCUCCUUGCCCUGCUCUCACUUAGGCUCCUACUCAAUUACAAGCCCCACUCUUUCUACACCAUAAUUGCGGGGAUACAGGGGUGAGGCUGCUGUUGCCAAAUUAUGUGGGAGUGAUGGCUACUCUUACAUAUUUAAUCUGUAAAACUAUUACUAAUACAUGAGAGCACAUAGGAAUUGCAGUCAUUGAAUCCUGUACGUUAAAAAUAAAUAAAAUUCUUAAAUGCCAUUACAUACUUGACUGAAAAAUCAAAACACUCAAUUGUUAUAUAGUCACAAAUAAGCCUCUUGUAAAAAAAAAAAUCACAAUUAAGUAACUACUUCUCUUCUCAGUCUCACAUAUCCCUAGACAGAAUACCAGUAAUUAUCAAGUGCAUUCUUAGCAACACUAAAGUUGAUGACGUACGUCAGGAGGUACCAUAAACUCCAAUAAUAGCAGGACUGUCAUUUAAUAUGGGUUGUUAAGAUACCCUUUACUAUUAAAUGUGUCUGGAAUAUCAGCAAAGCUAGGGAGAUAGAAGGUGUACAAUGUUCAACAGCCACUAAAAUUUGUUUGAACCAUUUUAUAUCCCUUUUUACAAUGACAAGGCUGAAGAUACCACUGGAUUAAUCAAUAACAUUGAUAAGAUGCCACUGGAUUAAACAAUAACAUUGAUGUUAUAGCUGGACAAACAAAUCUACGUUUUUGAAUAUGAUAUGAAUAUGUUUUCAAUCUUUUUUUUUUAAGAAAAGUUCAGAGAAACUUCAGUAAAGUAUGACCCCUUCAGACUACAAAAGAAAUGUGUAAUGAAUAUAGAACUCAUAAAACUAUAAUAAAAUAUUGCUGUGUUUGACUUUUUUCUGCUUUAUGAAAAAAAGCUACUUAAUGGCGAGUUUCAAAGAAAAUAUCUUGGCUAUUUAAAAAAAAAAGUUUGUUUUAUCCAAAACACCAAAAGAAUUAGUACUUUGUACAAGAUUAUGUAUUUUAAUAUAAAGCCAACUGAUGUUUGGAACUUGGAAAACAAGCAUCUUAAAUAGAACCUUUAUUUUGGUGACGCUGUCCCCUCUAUAACUGAUCACAUCACAGGGAGGCAGCAUUUUUGCUGCAACGGGGCUAAGAAAUGCCCAUCAUCCACUUAUCUUCUCUGUGCAAAGCCCUUUUACUCAAGGUUUACACAAGAAAACGAAUCUCUUUCCUCUGUUACUUAAAAUAAAAUAAAAAAAGACACCAAAACAACUCAGGGAAUUUUAACGAUGUUUUGUAAACAUGUAAAAAAGGCAACAGGCUGACUACUUCUAUCCCAAGUUGAACCUGUAAUUUGAAAUCCCUUUGAAAAUCCUGAACAUGAGGAUACAUGCUUAACAAGACCUUCUGCAGCCUACCUUAGGAGAGUAGCUAUAGAAUACUGUAUAGAAGUUGAGCAGUGAGUGGCAUUUUACAGUAAAAGUCAGACCAUAAAUAUAAAAACAGAAAUAAAACAAAAAGCUCUGAACAUUGUGCAUAUGAACUUUAGUUUUGUUCUUUCAAAUGAGAAAUAAGGGUUUAAAAUAUGCAUCUCGUUUUAGAAUGUUCUAAGACUUUUUCCAGUUAUGACAGAACAAUUCUGACAACCAGCAGGUGGUGUUUGUGCAAUUGUCAGCUAGUUCUCUGCCCCUGGAGAUGAAAUGCAAAACUUCACCUGCCAUAGUGGGGUUUGGAAGCAAGACUGAUUCUCCAAAUCAACUGCAUCAUUAAGCUUAUUUCAUACAGGUGGUUUUGAGCAGAACAACUAAGCAGAGUCAAGUUGAGGAUACAUGAAAUGCAAGGGAUUAACAGAGAAAUAGGACUCUCAAAGAGGAUAGGAAAAUUUUAGUCAAGUUUUCAGAUCAUUCAUUAACUAAACUACUAUUUUUCUAAAGUUCUAAUAUUUCUCUUUGGACUGUGAAAGUCUUUUAAACUCUUAGAUAAACUGAACUACUGCUAUAGAUGCACAGUAAAAUAUGUUUAGUUGCUACUCAAAAUUAAUCUUUGAACUGGUGCUCAUUUGAAUCUACAAUUUUAUCCUCCCUCAAAAACAAAGGAAGGGUAAAAUGAAAGCUAUACUAAGCAUCGUAAAGAUAGUUGAUAGAUAUAGGGGAAAAGAUUAAUGUCUAGUUCUGGUAAAGAAAAGGAACCAGCAGAAAUGGGGUUAAUUCUAGCCUUAAAAGGAAGCCUGUUCAACACCACACUUCAAAUGAACACAAAUUAGAACGACCCUGGGAAUCUAUAAAGCCAUGUUUUAUUACCAAGGAUCUGCAGGAAGAUCUGCAUUAGCUGCAAAACAAUGACAGUCAUUUAUUUAGGAUGUUUAACAGAGUAUGAUUUUAUAUGGAUUUUUUGUUACUGAAUUGUUCAGCAGGUGACAUUCAGUGCAGCUUGGUAUCACCUAAAUAACAUUAAAAGUUUUGACUGCUGGUAUAGCUGAAAUUAACAUAUCCACUAACAGUGUAUCUGAAUAUAAACCAGCCUUAUGGUGUUUGGAAGAAAAUCAGAUCCGAACAAAUGACUAUGGAUGGAAACACAGGAAUUAAAAGGUCCAAGGAUAUUCAGUAAUUGUUAAAAGGAAUCAACGAACCUAAAAUUCUACCAUUUUCCAAUCUGCAAGAAGGAACAUUUGUGAAGAAACAUUUGUGUGUGUGCAAUUCAAUGACCAUAAAGUUCAGAAAGGUCCUGCACGAUCUGAAACAUUAAUUUUCUCAUUUGCUUUGUGCAUGGCAUCUUACAAAUAGCAAAUUUCUGAAACAGUUUACUUUUCUGUAACUGAUAAAUUUCAGCCAAUUUCAAGCCUAAUUGGUUUGGCUUCCAUUCCAUUUCCAAACAGAUCUAAACAUUUUAUACAAAAAAAGUAAACCUCUUUCCAAAUCCUUAAAAUGCUUGCUGUAACCUCUUUGGAAAUCCCAACAAUUUAACCAUUUUGGCACUGAAAGUCAAAGCGUGAAUACCGAUGUAAUCUUUCCAGCGGAGAUCCUAACCAUGGAAUCUUACACAGGAGCAGUGUCACCAUUUAUUUGUAACAGCACAUCUUUUGAACUAAAUGGAUCACAUUUAUGUAAUGAAAGCAUGUCUUCUAUCUUGGCUGAUAAAUCAGAAGAACACCAACAAUACAUUAUUGGGCUUUUCUUAUCAUGCCUUUACACUAUUUUCCUUUUCCCUAUUGGUUUUGUGGGAAAUAUUCUGAUUUUAGUUGUGAACAUAAGUUUUCGGGAAAAGAUGACUAUUCCUGACCUGUACUUCAUAAAUCUUGCAGUAGCUGAUUUGAUUUUAGUUGCUGACUCCCUCAUUGAGGUUUUUAAUCUUGAUGAAAAGUAUUAUGAUAUCACUAUAAUUUGCACUUUCAUGUCUCUGUUCCUUCAGAUCAACAUGUAUAGCAGCAUUUUCUUUUUGACAUGGAUGAGUUUUGACAGAUACAUAGCACUUGCAAAAGUAAUGAGGUCCAACAUAUUUCGGACUAUGCAGCAUGCUAGAUUAAGCUGUGGCCUCAUAUGGAUGGCAUCUAUCUCUGCAGCACUAGUGCCAUUUACAGCUGUACAUUUGCAGCACACUGGAGAGGUCUACUUUUGUUUUGCAGAUGUAGAAGAAAUCCAGUGGUUAGAAAUAACCUUGGGGUUUAUAAUUCCCUUUGUGAUCAUCGGUCUUUGCUACUCAUUAAUUGUUCGAGUUCUUAUAAAAGCACACAAACACAGGAGUCUUCGACUACGGCGCCAAAAGGCUCUUCGAAUGAUUUUUGUAGUCGUCCUGGUUUUCUUUAUCUGCUGGCUACCUGAAAAUGUCUUCAUUAGCGUUCAGCUUCUUCAAGAGAAAGGAAAGACUCUCUCUUCAGGCAACCAAUCUUUUCGGCAUGAUUAUCCCCUAACAGGACAUAUUGUAAACCUAGCAGCCUUUUCUAACAGUUGUUUGAACCCUCUGAUUUACAGUUUUCUAGGUGAAACUUUUAGAGACAAAUUACGGUUGUAUGUUGAACAGAAAACUAAAAUGUCAACAUUCAGUCGUUUUUGUCAUGCUGCCCUAAAGUCAGUCAUUCCUGACAGUAAUGAGCAAUCAGAAGUUUAAUUUAGUAGUGCUGUAUAAAAACAUAAGUGAAAAUUGCACAAAUAUAGAACAAAACGCUUGCUACUAACAGUAAAAUAUAUGUAUCUAUAAUGCCCUGCUGAGUAUUGAAGGUUUAUACUCUAAAUAUUUUUAUGACAAGACUUGAAGGUGGAAGAAUACAUUUUAGUCAAAUUUAUAUUUAAUUAUCAACAGGAUUACUAAAGGCUGACAAAUAAGGGGCCUUUAGUUUGCAUUAUACAUGUAUGAAUGAUAAUUUACCAAAAAACUAUCAGACUAGGAAGAAUCGAGAUAACGCAAUUAUCAGAGAAUAGCUACUUUGCUGUCAUAUGCUAGGUGUUCCCAUUUAAAUAAUGAAGCUGCCACAACAGUGGGAAAAAACUCAUUACAACACAUUGAUGUGGAGGUGCAGAAAAAAGUUAUUGAUUUUCCAUCCAAAUAUAGCCAUUUGACAACUUUGCUAAGAACUACUGUGCUGUAUGUACACAGUGUUGGAUAUGCUUUCUGUUCUAACAUACAUUUCAGGCAUUGAUUUUUUUGUUUCUCUUAAUGUAAUAUAGAACUAGGAUGAAGAUUUUCUCUCUAGUUUGUAAUGUUCACAUCAACACUUCAUCAAAUCUGAAGUCACGCAUAGUAUCCUGCUCACCUUUAUUACCUUAGCUCAGAGAAUCCAUCAAAACAAAAUUUACUGCUUCAUUUUAUUUUUGAAUAUUGUCCAUAGGAAAAUGAGGGUCUUUUGUCACAAGCACAAACUACAGAUUAAAGUGUCCUAAUUAAUGAAACUA